CCUCCCCGCCCCUCCUGGGCAGAGGGCGGGGUUCGCGGGGCCGGCGAGGGUAUUGAGGAGAGUGCGGGCGGGUGGCUGAGGCAGCGGGCGAACAAGGGUUGCGGCGGCGGCUCUUACUGCAGCAGUGCCCCCGGGGCGCUUCUCAACAUGACCGGCCUAGGGUUCGGACUGAUAAGCUGUGCCUUCUUUCUGGGUGUGAGUGGCUUAUAUUCCUCUAGUGAUGAUGUGAUAGAACUGACUCCUUCCAAUUUCAACCGUGAAGUUAUUCAGAGUAACAGUUUGUGGCUUAUAGAAUUCUAUGCUCCAUGGUGUGGUCAUUGCCAAAGGUUAGCACCAGAAUGGAAGAAAGCAGCAACUGCAUUAAAAGAUGUAGUGAAAGUUGGUGCAGUUGAUGCAGAUAAACAUCAGUCCCUAGGUGGACAAUAUGGAGUCCAAGGAUUUCCCACUAUUAAGAUCUUUGGAUCCAACAAAAAUAGGCCUGAAGAUUACCAGGGUGGUAGAACUGGUGAAGCUAUUGUAGAUGCUGCUCUUAAUUCUUUACGACAACUGAUAAAGGAACGCCUUGGUGGAAGAAGUGGUGGAUAUAGUUCUAGUCGAAGUGAAGGUUCAGGCAAGAAGGAUGUGAUUGAACUGACAGAUGACACUUUUGAUAAAAAUGUGCUUGACAGUGAUGAUGUUUGGUUGGUGGAGUUUUAUGCUCCUUGGUGUGGACACUGCAAAAACCUAGAACCAGAGUGGGCAGCUGCAGCCACAGAAGUAAAGGAACAGACAAAAGGAAAGGUGAAGCUAGCUGCUGUAGAUGCUACAGUAAAUCAGGCAUUAACUAGCCGAUAUGGGAUUGGAGGAUUUCCCACAAUCAAGAUUUUCCAGAAAGGAGAACCACCUAUGGAUUACAAUGGUGGGAGGACAAGAUCUGACAUAGUUUCCAGAGCUCUAGAUUUAUUUUCUGAUAAUGCCCCACCACCUGAACUCCUUGAGAUUGUCGAUGAAGCAGUGGCAAAGAAAACUUGUGAGGACCAUCAGCUCUGUGUAGUUGCUGUAUUGCCUCAUAUUCUUGAUACUGGAGCAGCAGGCAGAAAUUCUUACUUAGAAGUUCUACUAAAGUUGGCAGAGAAAUACAAAAAGAAAUUGUGGGGAUGGCUGUGGACAGAAGCUGGAGCUCAACAUGAACUCGAGACUGCACUGGGAAUUGGAGGUUUUGGGUACCCUGCAAUGGCAGCUGUCAAUACACGGAAGAUGAAAUUUGCUCUUUUGAAAGGGUCUUUCAGUGAGCAAGGAAUCAAUGAGUUUCUCAGAGAGCUUUCCGUUGGCCGUGGCUCCACAGCACCAGUAGGUGGUGGUGUUUUCCCUAAAAUAAGCACAGUAGCCCCCUGGGAUGGCAAAGAUGGUGAGCUUCCCAUUGAAGAUGAUAUUGACCUCAGUGAUGUAGAACUUGAUGACUUAGGAAAAGAUGAGUUGUGAGAUAUGGUAUAUACUUCUUGGGAGCGGAUUUUUCCAGCAGUGGUAGAACAUCCUUUGCAAUCAAAUGGAUAUACCAGUGGCCUUUUUAAAAACAGAAGCAGCAUUGUUUGGUCAUUUGAAACACUGUAACAGUGAACUGUUUGCAUCUCAAGAAAAACAUUGAAAAAUUCUAUGAAUUGUUGUUAACCAGUGAAUUUGAUUGUAUUCUGUCAAAUAAUAUUUUGAAGAUAAUUGAUUUUUUUUGUUGUUAAAACAUCUUUUUCCAUCCCAAGUGUGCUGUUUGUAGGUUCUUUAAGGCUGUUACUUUACUAAGUUUUUAACUGUGAUUUUUUUUUUCUUCAUUUGGACACAAUGCGUUGUUCGAGUUAAAGAAUAAAAAAAAAGUAUUUUUGACAGUGCCUAUCAUGUAUGAAAACAAGUCCACAUCACAAGUUUAAUUCAGGGUUUGAGGGUUGUGACUAGUAACUAUCCUCACAUUAAUAAUACUCUUUGGGUUUCUUUCCUCCCUUCUGUAGGUGAAUAAGUAACACAGUAUAUAUGCAUUUUUGAACAUUUGGCUUUUUUCUGGGGAUAAUCAUAUCUUUUGUAAACUAAAUGCCUACUUGUAGUACUAUUUUAUUUUUACAUUUUAUAAACUUAGUUUCAUCUUGGGGAACCCAGACAACUCUUAAAUGGUAUAUACUCUAAAUAUUCAAGCAGAAUUUGAGACAGAGCAUUUGUGAAAGUCAGGCAAAACUUAAUACGUAAUAUUUUUUAAAGUGUUCCUUGUGCCUGAAGCACGAACCUAUCCCUAGUCUUUCCUUUGCUUGAGAGUAGGUUUUAAUCAAUUGCUGGUUCAGGGUUUUAUUUCCAGUCCACUGCUCUCAGUCCUCUUUAGGCCUCAUCAAAUGAAUAUCAGGGAACAGAACCCAGGUAUAUAGCUAGGCAAUAAGCAAUUUCCAAAUGAUUGUUAAAUAGCAUGAUGUACCCCAUUUGUAGUAGUCUUUUUCAUACUUCUAUGUAAGGCAUGAAACUUACACUUAGGAUCUAGAUUCUUCAUCUUACACUCUGGGGCAGGAACAAGAACUAUGAGACUAAGUACAAAACAGUUGUAAUUAUUUUACAUGUUUGUCCAUAUAAUAAUGCCUUGAAUACGUGUAAAAUUAUCUUUAGAAAAGGGUGACUAGGUGUUCAGUAUUAUCUUAGUUUUUAAUUUAAUUAUGUUUAAAUUGAAGUCAAGAAAAAUACUUCAAAGUUCAAAGACUCUGGGAGCUUUUCUUUAUUGUAACUUACAAAAAAUAAAUACAACCAUAAGUAA